GGAAAGCAAUUCGUAUGAUAUCUGAUCAUCAUCAACUUCAUUUUUACGAAUGUAGGCACGGGUUAUCUUUCUAAUAAUUGAUGGUUUAAAUGGCCUCCAAUAUUAUUUACAUUCAUGAUUUGCCUUUUCAACCACGGAGGCAAUUAUGCCGUAUUCUUGAUGCAGAUCGACGUUGGGAAGAACUUGGUGGCAACCAUAUGAGUUAUGAUGUUACAACUUUAACUCUUAUUGGCCAGGCUGUUCAGAGGGAGCAAAGUCCUACUUGGGAAUUACUGAACAAAUACAGUCAGAAAAAUGGAACCAUUAAACACCUUUUUCUUAUGUUAGCCAAAAUGGAUCAUCAAAGGGCAAUGUCAGUUUUGCAGCCAUAUGUGGAUGCAAAGUAUCAUUGCCUGUUACGAAAUGAAAGUUUAAGAACUUCAACAUUUUUAAGCUGUUUGAAACAAGAACAUAACCCUGGAUCAAAUUUUUCUCAAUUCUCAGUUUCUUGUAAUGAAAGUUCUUAUCAUUGGACACAGUCUCCUAUUCAUAAACAAAUGCCAUCUGAAAUUGGUUCCUCAACUAAAACCAAAGAAUGUUCACCCCUCUCUGCAUCCAAGUUGAAAGGUGAUUCAGCUAAUAUGAAAGAAAAUUAUAGUUCAGUGUCUCUGCAUUCAAAGAUGAACAGUCUUAAUGUGUCUGAAUCGAAAUCUAAAGCUGCUGCAGGAAAACAAUCACCAAAUAAGAAUAAUGUUAAGAAAAUCAACUUGUCAAAGGAAUCCUUAUCAGAUAAUUGCAUUUCAGAAAAAUUAAAAAAUAUUAAAAAGUGUUCUCAAGAUGUGCCCCCAAACAAAAAGUAUGUUGGUCAAACUUCUCCAUCCCCUGAUGCUGCAAGUAUGAGCAGCCAAGAAGACUCCUUGCUUGAUAUAAUGCACAUAACAUAUAAUGACAUUUGCAAAGCUACGAACAAUUUUGAUGAUAAUCGUAUUUUAGGAAAAGGUGGAUUUGGAAUCGUUUAUAAAGGGGAUUGGAAAGGAACUUCGGUUGCAAUAAAAAAGCUGACACCAAGAAAUAGUUCUGAUGAAGCUUCACAGCAUGUAGUGAGUUUUAAGCAGUCACUAAAUGAACUUAACGUCUUAAAACGUUGCCGCUUCGAUCAUAUAUUACCAUUAUAUGCUGUUUCUUUAGAUGGCACAUUUCCUUGUUUAGUUUAUCAGUUAAUGGUUAAUGGAUCAUUAGAAGAUAGAUUGUUGUGUAAGAAUAAAACUCCUCCUCUCACAUGGUCUCAAAGAAGUCAUAUUGCAGAAUGCACUACAAAAGGUUUGAACUACUUACACACUGCACCAGAAAAACCUCUCGUGCAUGGUGACAUUAAAAGUGCUAAUAUUCUUUUGGAUGCUAACAUGGAUGCUAAAAUUGGAGAUUUUGGAUUGACAAGAGAAGGACCUGGGUGUGAUGUAACUCAUGUCAAAGUUUCUAGUGUUCAUGGGACACAGUGUUACUUACCUCCUGAAUACUUAAGACAGAGACAUUUGUCACCUCAAGUCGACAUCUAUAGCUAUGGUAUUGUUUUACUGGAAAUUGCAACUGGAUUAAGGCCAUUUGAUCAGAAGAGAGGUGAAGCAAAACGCCUGGUUGAUUACGUGGAACUGUAUCGAGAAUCUGGUCGGCUAGACAAUCUAAGAGAUAUAAAAGCUGGUGAGGAGAAAAUGGUGUGGUUUGGUGAAUUAAUACAAAUAGGACAUGUGUGUAGCAAGUUUGACAAGAAAAAAAGACCUCCAAUGCAAGAGGUUUUAGAUCGCUUUGAGAAAAUAAAGGCAGAGAUAUCAGUAAUGGAUAAGAUCAGGCGCAUGUCUAAUGAUAGAGGAACUUCUUUAAAAAAUAAUUUGACUCCCCUGGAACUUCAAGUGUUUUAUGACCUGCAAAAUAACGCCAGUAGUGCUUCAACUAACAGCAAAUUCCCUGCGACAUUACAGCAAAAUGAUGUCAGUGAAACUCCUGUCAGAGUAGAAAAAUCAAAAGAUUUAGACUGUGUUAAUAGUAAUUCAUCUGCAAUCAGCAGUGAAAGUUUGGCCACUAGUGACUCUUCCGAUACUUCUGACUAUUGCCAAAAUCAGCUUUCAACUAAUCAAGCAUGUGUGAACAAUGAAAAUGAAACUGCAAGAAAUGACUAUACAUUUGAUGGUAAAGCUCCCGUGCCUCUCAUAUCAUUACUUCGGUGCCAGUUAUCCGCUAAUGACUCUGUUGUUUUUUCUGAGGAAACUGAUAAUUGCACAAGUAGCAACAUAACAGAAAAUCCAGAAUAAAGAAAAGGAAUUGAUAAAUUAUUUAGUGUUCGUGAAAAGACUCAUAUGGACAAUUAUAAACUUACUUCCAACUAUCAAUUCUAUAGUAAAUGAAGUUUCCAGUUCUGCAUUUUUUCCUGAUAUUACACAACUGUGAUUCAUAUCCAAACAAAUCCUACAAAAGCAGAUGAAAUAUUUGUUGGGUAUAAGGGUCUGUAUUCUUUAUAAUUGAAGUUAGAAAUUGCCGUAAAACGCCAAUUUAUUGUAUUUAAGUAUGCAGACCCAUGUAGUAAAACAGAAAAAUUGAGAGCUUUCUUGCAAAAAAUUCUGUAUAAGAUUAUUGACUAAAUAGUAUGCUCUUUUUCAAGUCUUGGCAUAAAUAUAUGCAUAUGCUUGUUAAAAUAUUUUUCAAUCAUUUUAUUAAAAAGAGGAACUAAAAAUGAAUUUUUUCGAAUGUUCUAUAAACACCUUUUUUAAUUAUUUUUAAUAAAUAGAUUAAUGUAACUUAUUAAGAAAUCAAAAAUGUCUUUUAUGUGUGUUGUUCAUGUUUUUUAUUAUUAUUAUUUUAAUAGUGAACAUACAGUGGCUCCCAAAAGUGUUCGUACACUUUGAAAUUUUUUAGUAAAACAAAAAUAACUCAAAACAGAAUUCGAAUAUGAAGUCCAAUAUUUUUUCACAUCAUUCCUAUGUCAUUCUAAAUAAAACCCUGUAGUUUUUUUUCAAAAUAUUGACCAAUCUUCUUUUUGAAGUGGGUCAAAAAACGAAGAGACAGAGAAAUAAUACGCCAGAAAAGUCAUCGUACACUCAAAUGUUUUCAAAUAAAUUCAUGAUUGAAAUUAUAUGUCUGUCUGUUGGUUUUGUUUCUCUCUCACUCCCCAGGAACUUUCAAAGGACUCUCAAUUCAAGAAAAACUUUUUUAAAAUGUAAAUAUUAAAAAUUAAUGCUGGAAACUAUGAAAUAAAAAUCACAAACACAUGUUUGACAGGCUAACAGGGGACACAUUUUUCAAUGCAAGAUUAUUCUAGGAUGAAUGGAAGACUAGGAUAAUAAAUGAGCUUAUGAGCAAAAGACAUUCGAAAAAAGACCAGAUAACUGGCUAUUUAAUUUUGUAAAUAUCCCCCCCCCCCCCCAUAUGAUUGUAAGCUAUGUUCCUUUAUUUGAAUAUAAAUAUAUAUGUAUGAUGCAAUUAAUGAUUGUAUUAUUACAUCACAUUUUAGCUGAUGAAACCAAAUUAUCUUUUAUGUUUAACUGUAGAGAAUGAAAAGGAGUGUAAUUUUUUCAAAAGCAUGCCUCUGCAAAGUAAUUUUAACUGAAUGGAUGCAUUUGAAUGUGCUUUGCUUAUCUUAAAGUUGAAUGGAGUUUUUACUGUCUUUUUUCCUAUUCUAAAUUAAUACCUGUAUGGAUGGUGAAUCAGGGGAUACUCAGCUUCUAAUGUGAAUAAAAGCACAGGGCUGUUGUCAAGGCCCUUCCAGCUGGUUGAAUCACAGGUAUGGGGGAUUCUGGAACAGAAUACAUUUUAAUGAUUUAAUAAUUAUGUUAUGUUAAUUUUUGCCAUCACAUGUUAUUUUGUUUUAUCUUCAAUAUUGAAUUUUAGAGAUCUAUUUGUUAAUCUAGUUAAAAACGAAAAAUGUUGUAUCAAAAUAUUUUUGUUGUAAAAUCUUUAUAUCUUGUUUAUUAAUUAUAGAUAUUUUAAAUGUUGUAUUUGUAUGAAAAUUUAUUUGUGUUUCAACUUGAAAUUAUGCAAUUUCUUUAUUUUUUUAAAAAUAUUUAUUCUUCUUUAUACCAUGAGAGUUUUGUUAAACAAGUGCCUUUAAUUUUUGAAAUACAACUUUGAUAUUUUAUGUUGUUAAAUUUUUAUAAUGCAUUUUUAUCAUUUGUUUUAAACUGAUAUACACUCUAAAAUAUUUGUAAUUUGAAAUAAAACUAUUUUUGUAUUGUAAUACUUUUAAGUGUAUGUGAUGCUUUAGUGUCUAAUUUCUAGCGUUUUGAAGUGCACUAUAUAGGAAAAACUAUCCUUGACCAUAAAUGUUAUGUGAAAAAAAUUCCUUUAAUUUUUGAAAUGAAUUUUUUUUUACUUUGUUAAAUUUUUGGAAUUCACUUUAUGUAUUUGUUACAAUUCAAAAUAUUUGUGAUUUGAAAUAAAACUAUUUUU